AUGACACUAUUAAACUCUCACCUCGAGCAGAUUGCCCUCUCUUCAAGUGCAAUUGCAGAAUUACCAUUCCCGUCACCACGCAUAUUCACCAACGCGCUAUUAGGAUCACACGACAUUACUGCUCUUAUUCGUGAUACGGAAGUCCAUGAAAGAGCCCUUUUUCAAAUGGAUCCUGCUGCUAAGGUCCAUGGAUCCCGACGUCCCACCCGGCGUGGAACAACCUUUCCAGUUGAUUCUGAGAACGAUACCAUGGCCAGUCGAAUCUACUCCGUGCGCAACAAUCGCAGUCAGUCAGCGGUGGCUCGCGUGUUGGGAUCGGACAUGAUGGAAGAGAUCAAACGUUCUGCAGGCCUGUCCAGUCGAGGUUCAGAGGGAGGAGUCAAUAUUGAAGUGCUACUGCGAGGUGCAGAACUGUUAUGCAAUGUCUAUCCUGUCGCGGGCGCACACGAAAGAAUCACCGGUUUACGAUAUCGUCACAAGAUGGUUGUUGAUUCCAUUGCUGGACUGGAGGAUCGGGUUGCUACAAAUACUGCGGAGCUAGAACAAAUGCGCUCUGCGUAUGACGAAGAGGGUUCCAUUUAUUCAGAAACUAUGUCAAAACCAUGGACUCCUGCCGAAGUCACUGAUGAAGACAUAGAGAGAGAAAUGGCCGAAAUAAGAGACUUGGAGCGAAGAAGGCGGAUAUUGGAAGAGAGGGUCACUGGCAUAGAGCAAGACCUUGGUGAGCUCAUGGGCUGA